AGCAGACCAUGUUUUCUUCCCACCUGAUGAUGAUUGCUUGUAUUGUGCCCGAAACGUCGUGAUUUAUUUUAUUUUAUACCUACGUGACUUUACCGAAAAAUAAUUGCUUUAUUUUAUAAUUACUUAAAAGUAAUAACUUUUUCUUUUACUUUUUUUAUACAUUUUUUUCUAUCUACGUUACUUUUCCGAAAGAACCAAGAAUAAGAAAUCUUCACCUCGAUGCGGGAUGGGGGUGGUGUGAUUGCGUUGUGACGUCACGCUGUGGAUGUGAACAUUUUUCUGAACGCGCGGCCGCUCGGCGCACUGCGAUUGAGUGAGUUGGGGCAAGCGCGUGGACCAAAACAAAAUCCGACUCGGAUUUCAACAAGCCAGGGUUGGAUUCACAAAAUCGGCCGAAAUGGCGAAGCAACCAAAAUUCGUCACAAGACUAAGGGUGCUUUUUUGCUUGUUGUUUUUUUUUUUAUCAAGCGUGAUACUCAUGGCAGUAUUCGUAUGGAUGAGCCAAAGUUCACAGCCUCCAAAAACAUGCCCCACUAAUUCCACUCAUAAUAAAUGGAUGCCCAACCACAAAGCCAUAGAAAUUUUUUCUGACCUAUCCCCUGCAGAGUUAACAGCUGUACACAAAUUCCUGCUAAAUCAAAAGCCGCUCAAUAUUGUCCCAGUCACAAAAGCAACAAUACAAAACAAUUACAUCUACAUGAUUGAGCUCCACAACCCAACAAAAAGAGAAGCCCUCAAUUACUUGGACCAUGGGGGACCAAAGCCUGAACGAGUUGCCAAGGCAGUGGUUUUUCGUGGUGCUGACAGUUCAGUUUCUGUUGCAGAAUACUUGGUUGGUCCAAUUCCGAACCCAAGAUGGUACAAUCAAUACCAUCCCUCAACAAGGAAACGCACAAUUAAUUUCUGCUCACGACCAACAUCAGUGCCAGAAUACAAACCCUUGUAUAUAAAACUGAUCCCCAGUAUCAUGGACAAAAUAGAACACGUUUUGAAAGAGAGUUAUGGCUAUUGGUUUCAUAAUUGUGGAGACAAGUGUCUAAUUGCAGCAGACGUUCCCAUCAGAGGUUUGGAAUCUAAUCAAAGGCAUUCCUGGAUUCAGUUGUUGAGAAAAGUGGAGGGUUUCUACUUGCAGCCAGUGAGCCUUGAAAUCCUGAUCGAUCACAACAGCACAAAUCCGGAUGAUUGGAGCGUGAUGAAAGUAAAUUACUAUGGCCAGUUUUUUGACAGUAUUGAAGAAUUUGUUCGGAAAUACGAUGAAGGAACCGUCAACAAGGUGAAGCAAUUGGACAGCAAUGAAAAGGCUGCUGCGUACGAUCGUCGCGGAGCCUUCAGAGCAGACACGCCUCAGGCGGGACCGCGGCAGUACGAGCCCGAGGGCCACCGCUACCAGGUUGACGGGAACUUUGUGCAGUACAUGCCCUGGACGUUCGCUUUCAGAAUCUCCUUCACGGGUCUACAGCUCUUUGACAUCAAGUACAACGAUGAGCGACUCGUGUAUGAGAUGAGCCUCCAAGAAGCAGUCUCCUUUUAUGCUGGAAAUACACCCAUCGGGAUGCAGGUGAAAGCCAUCGACACAGGCUGGUCCUUUGGUGCUGACAAUUUUGAGUUGGUGAGGGGCAUAGACUGCCCGGAGAGUGCGACGUUUUUGGAUACGUACCAUUUUGUGGACGCGGACAAGCCGAGGAAAUACCCAAACUCCAUCUGCAUUUUUGAGCACAACACCGGAAUGCCCCUGCGUCGCCACACCGACAACAACUCAAACAAUGGUUACACAUUCUACGGUGGCCUGGUCAACUAUGUCCUCGUGAUUAGGACUAUCAAUAUUGUGUACAAUUACGAUUACUUAAUAGACUACAUAUUUUACCAGAAUGGAGUCAUUGAAACAAAAACCCAAGCCACCGGGUACCUCCAGACGAGUUAUCUAUUUGGAGACGGCACCAAGUACGGCACCAGAAUAUCCGAUCACGUCCUGGGAAAUCUGCACACGCACAUGUUCAACUACAAGGUGGACGUCGACUUGGGAGGGACUGAAAAUAACUUUCAGACGGCGUCUCUACAACUGGAGAACAUUCCCAUUCCAUGGGAAACAGGACGCACCAAGAUACAGCCCACGCUUCACCAUAGCCUCAAGAGGACUGAAACUGAGGCAGCAUUUAAAUACGACUCCCAGCUGCCUUAUCUUGUGUUUGUGAACUCUAAAUCUAAAAACAAGUGGGGUCAUCCACGAGGAUAUCGGAUACAGCUCACAAGCCAUGCCAAGCCACUUCUGCCUGAUGAUUGCGAAGAAGAGAAAGCUGCUGCAUGGAGCAGAUACCAGAUGGCAGUGACAAAAUACAAGGAGACGGAGCGGUACAGCACCAGCAUUUACAACCAGAAUGACCCCUGGGACCCAGCAGUUUACUUCCCGGACUUCGUAAACGAUGACGAAAAUAUCGUGAAUGAGGACCUGGUGGCCUGGGUGACGGUGGGCUUCGUGCACAUCCCCCACUCGGAGGACGUCCCCAACACGGCCACGUCGGGAAAUGCUGUGGGCUUCUUCUUCCGGCCGUUCAACUUCUUCGACGAGGACCCAUCAGUGGCCUCGAGGGACAUCGUGAUCCUGCGGCCAGGGCCCCACAGCUCUGGAAAGCCUGUCGUGUCCUGGUGGACGGACCAGAGCCCCAUUGAGCCCAGCGUCUGCCUGCCCAACAUUCAGCCACUAUCUUACAACGGGACGUGCACUCCUGUGUAAAUGGUGCAAACACGGACACCACAAAUCCAUCUUGCUCAUCUAGAGAAAUGAGGGUUGUUCUGGAGAAAAAAACUUUAUAACCCACCCAUAUACUCCAUAUUAAACAUAAUGCAUACUAUUUUAAAUGGAACACUUUACAACCUCCAUAGUUUAGAAUUAUAUAAUCUCACAGAUGAUAGCUCAAUUGUCGUGAUAAUUUACUUGCCAGCCACUUAAUCUGCCGACUCCAAUCAAAUAAUGAGAUGGAAUAUGCUCACCAUUGAGUGUUCUAUUUCAAUGCAAAUGAUUGUGUCUUAUCUGGCUAUGCACAAUCACGAAAUGUCAUAGAAUCAGAAUGUUGCAACUGCUAUAUGCUUUUAUUUGGUGCAGUGUUUUUAUAUACUUUUUAUGUAAAUGACACUUUUAGUUCUCAUUGUCAAAAUAACCGUUUGCUCAAACAUCAUUCAACUCGCCUUUUGCCUAUCCAAGGACAGGUGUAUUGCAGUAAAUCUGAAACUUGCAAGCGAAAAGCAGAGUGCGACGUGAUAUUAACUGCAUCAAUGCGUGUGCAAUGUGUGAGGGCGCGGUGACACAGACCUAUUUCAUUUUAAGGUAAUAAUCCUGUGUUCAUCAUGACGUCCUUUUUACUUUGAUGUCUCAAUAGCAUUACAGAGAUCGGUGACGUGAGGAUUCUGCCUUUGUAGUGAGGGUUGUAAGUUGACGCCGAGGAGUGACGUCACCCGCUCAUGAUUAUUAAUGAGGGGGGGGUCCAUUUGGAGGACGUCACCUGCUCAUGAUUAUUAAUGGUGGAGCUGUUCGAUGUUGAGUGACGUCACCUGCUCAUGAUUAUUAAUGAGGGGGGUUCUCCAUGAGGAGUGACGUCACCCACUAUGAUUAUUAAUGACAGGCGGAUCCAUGUGGAGGACGUGACCUGCUCAUGAUUAUUACUGAGGAGGGCUGGUCGACCUUGAGUGACAUCACAAGCGGUGCACAGGCAUAGGUAAUAAUCGGAGGGGGGGGGUGGUGUCCAUUUGGAGGACGUCACCUGCUUAUGAUUAUUGAGGGGGGCUGGUCGAUGUGGAGUGACGUCACGAGUGUUAAGGACAUUCCUGGGUGAUUAUAGUAGGUAUGGUUGCAGGUAUGUGCUGUAUGCUGCACAAUGCAUGUUUACUGAAAUUAGUAUAUUUUUUAUGUGUUUUAAAUAUUCUCUGUUAAUUGGUAGUUGCCUGCUGGUGUUUUAAUACUGUAAACAAAAACCUUACAUUCAAAGUAAUUUUUUUUACAAUGUAAAAUAUUUCAAAUGUACUGAAUUAGUGUACUGUAAUCAUGAUGCAUGUUCUUUUUACACGUGUGGACCGGAUUUUAAAAAUACACAUCACAAGACGACUACUAAAAGUUAACUGGCGUGCUUUCAGCUGUAAGAAAAUGAAGCAGUAUUCACAUUGUUCUGCCUCACGGCAGAUGUGGGGCGUGUGUACACAGGAAUUUCCUGUUUUUGAUGCUGGGGGUGGUCACGUGACGAGGAAGUUGCGAUUUUAGAUUUCCGCUGAACCACGGGCGUCGGCCAUUACAGACAUAAUUCAAGAUGGCGGCACACAUCGCGGCCCAGUGAAGCCAGCUGCAGUUGUCCGUUGUGGGACUUUGGGAAGCAUUGUCUGUAAGUUCGUUUGUGUUCUUAUAAUAUUGGCAAUGUUGCUAUAAUGUUAGAAGAACCUUUAUAAUGCUGUUAUAAUGUUAGGACCUUUAUAAUGCUGUUAAAUUGUUACGAUGAAUGCGGGGCCUAGUUGACAAUAAAGCCUGCAGCUUGCCUUGUUGUGACUUACCUGUAAUCGAGUAAGUGGAUUCAAACUUGCAAUAACAAAAUUUAUCAUUCAUAAGACAAUGUUAUGAUGCUGUGGUGUUUAUUCAUUGUGUUGGUGUUUCUGGGUAUUAACAGAUGCUGUAUCUGUGCUGUUUUCUUACCAGUUUUACCUCUCGUUCAAUUUCAAUAAAUGACGUUCGGAGUCAGAUGUUCA